AUGGAUUUAAUAUCGUCAUUUCGUGUUGACAAUCGCGGCUUCGUCAGUGAUGAAUCCAGAGAUGUGUUUUUUAAAAACCAGUUUAAAACCCAAGAGAAUCUCUUUUGUUUUGAUUGUAACUCAAGAAAUCCAACAUGGGUAUCACUAACUUAUUCCGUAUAUCUCUGUUUGAACUGUUCUGGUAAGCAUCGCCAGCUGGGAACGCACAUUUCAUUUGUACGUUCGACUGAUAUGGACAAAUUCACUCCGGAACAGCUUUUUCGCUUAUCCGUUGGUGGAAAUGAUAAAGCACUAUCGUAUUUUAAACAAAAUGGUAUAUACAAGCAACCAAUCAAUUAUGCGGGUAAAGGUGUUGCAGUAUAUUCAAAGAUGUUAGAUAAAGCAGUCGCUACAAACAAAAAUGCAGGAUUUAAUAACAUAGAUCUUCUAAGUCUUGAUUCAAUUGAUAAUACACAUGAUUUGUUGGACCUUAAAGACUCUACAACUGAUGGAUUAUCUCAUGUUAGCCACUCAAAAAGCAUAGUGAGUAAUGCUAGUGAUGGUCUAGAUGAAAUUAUGGAUGAAAUCUCGGCUGAAUCAAAAAAAUCAACUUCAGACAGAGAGAAAUUUGGAAUGAACAAAAACAUGUUCAAUUUUAGUUCAGAGACAUUUUCAAGAAAAUCUACAUUUCCUACCAAACAAACGGCCGUUUGUAAAAGUGGAUUUUCUACUAAGCUCAGCAACGUUGAUUUCGACGCUCUGGAAAGAUCAUUAAACGAACCAUUCCCGGAACAAACCAAUACAUCUGGCAGGGAACCUGUGUUCGCGGAGCCAUUAAAAAAAACAGAAAUCUUCGGUGCGGGCAAGGAAACUUUUAACGUAAAUACAAAUAUACCAGAUCUGAAACACCUGGAAGGUAAAAGUGGAAUAUCAUCAGACGCAUUCUUUGGGAGAGUGGGAAAUAAUGCACAUUCAUACAGCAACUUUAAUCCAAAUAAAACAAGUUUGUCAUCUGAUGAAUACUUUGGAAGGCCCACUGUACCUGUCCACAAUAAGCAAAGUUGGAAUACACUUGAGGACCAAGCCAUACAAAACAUCAAUGAACUCAAAGAUGGCAUUAUGAAUGCACUUAGCAAGGGGAACGUAAUGGUAGAAAAGGCUAAACAAUGGCUAAAUAAUCGUUAUUGA